CUCAGCGCUCCCUGGGAAGCAGGCCGGGCUGCGCAACCCCCGCCCCCGCCAACAGGGGUCGCCCCGGGACCCAGCGGGAGCGCGUGCCACGUGGCCGGAAACGCACUGAGUGUCGGCGUCGCUGCGAGGCCGGGUGAGGUGGGUGCGGUGGGUGAGGUGGGCGGGCAACCUGGACUCACCCGGACAGACAGGGUGGUGCCCAACACGGAGGGAGGCUGGGACCGAGUGGGCGCCACGGAGGGGCGAGGCAGACGGGGUGGGAGGCCGGGCACAGAGGUGCGGGCCUGCCCUUCCUUCCCCCAGACGCGGCAUGUUGCCCUGGCCCUUUCCACGGUGGGACGCCGGCGCGGAGCAGGCGCCGGAGGAACAGGGCCCCGCACCGUUCGGUGACCCCGGCAAGGUGUGGAACUCUGGAGAAAAAGCCCUGGGGGAGCCAGGUGCACCCCCACAGGACAGCCCUCAGUUCCGGGCCCCAAGGCCUUCCUGGACCCGGAGAGGACAGCGGCGGGCCCCGCCCCGCGCAGGCCUGGUAGCCCAGCAGCACCCGGGAACCCCAGUUCCCCUUUUUCCCCAGAUGGCCUGGGGGGUGGCCCCUUCGAGAAUGACCCUGCUGGCACCGUGGGACCCCAACUAUGAGGCUAAAGCUGGUUCGCAGCUGGUGUGGGGACCCAGCUGUGCUUCCGGUGCCUCUUUCUCAAGCCGGACUUUGUGUCAUCCCUCCUUCUGGCCGCUGUACGAGGCAGCCUCAGGCAGGGCCCGCAGACCCCUGACUUCUGCAGCGGUACAUCAGAAUGGCGAGCAGGCACCCAGGGAUGCAGACCCUCUGCUGCCCCCUGGGCAGCGUGUUCCCUUGAACCUGCCUGAAGCCCCUCAGCAGGUGGGUACUUUCCUGCCCUGGCCUUAUCGCAACCUUCGUGCAGGGCUUGGGAGGAGACACUUCCCUCUCUUCUCUCCUCAGGUGAUGGGCUCUCUGAAGCUGCUGCUCCCACCCCCUAUCAUGUCCCCCCAGGUCUGCCCCACCCCGUCCCCUGGCUGCUGCACCGCCUGGCUCAGUGGGCCUGAGCUGAUCGCCCUCACUGGCCUCCUGCAGAUGAGCCAGGGGGAGCCAAGACCUAGCUCCACGGGUUCCUCGGCAGCUCCCACCCCCCCUUCUGGUCCCCUAGACCCUGUUUCUGAUCACGCAGGCCCCAGUGGUUCUCACUGCACUGACCCCUCUCUCCCACAGACCCCAGAAACCAAUUGUCCAUAGCACCUUUGGGGGCAUCAUGGGCCCUCUACUCUUUCAGGCAGUUCUGUUGACAAUAAAUGUGUUGGUUUGCAAA